AUGAAACUGCAGACGGCAAUUGUGGGUCUUCCCAAUGUCGGAAAAUCUACUUUAUUCAACGCACUGACAGAAACUCAAGGUGCUGAAGCUGCCAAUUAUCCGUUCUGCACCAUAGAACCCAAUGUGGGAAUCGUAAGUGUACCUGAUCCCAAACUGGAAAUCUUGAAAGACAUCAACAAAUCGGUAAAAGUUGUCCCAGCCGCAUUGGAAUUCGUUGACGUCGCUGGACUAAUCAAGGGUGCCUCUACAGGUGAAGGCCUUGGCAACCAGUUUCUGGCAUCUAUUAGACAGUGUGACGCAGUUGUACACGUCGUUCGGUGCUUUGAAGACGAAGAUGUUGUCCACGUCGAUGGAAGCAUUGAUCCCGUUCGUGACGCCGAACUCAUCAAUCUUGAGUUGGCUCUAGCCGACUUGUCUCAGGUCGAAAAGCGCUUAGAGCGCGUUCGAAAAGAUCGAAAUGCCAGCCCUGUUGAGAAGUCCGCAUUAGAGAAGGUUGCCGCUGUCUUGCUGAAAGAUCAACCUGCUCGCAAUGUUGUGUUGGACGAAGAGGAAGAAAACGCUAUUAAGUCUCUCGGUCUAUUGACAGCGAAAAAGAUGGUGUACGCUGCCAAUGUUGGCGAUGCGGAUUUGGCAAACGGGAAUGAGAUGGUUGACAGACUUCGUGAAACUGCUGAGAAAGAGGGUGCAAAACUAGUUGUCGUAUCGGCUCAAGUCGAAGCGGAGCUUGUUGAACUAAGCGUCGGAGACCGUACUGAUUUUCUUGAAUCGCUGGGUGUCAAGCUAGAAGACACUGGGCUUCGAAAACUUGUUCGUGAAGCUUACGAUAUCCUGGGAUUACAAACGUACUACACCAGCGGCCCGACUGAGACAAGAGCUUGGACUAUCCGCAAGGGAUGGACAGCACCGAAAGCUGCCGGCGUGAUUCAUAACGAUUUCGAGCGAGGUUUCAUCCGUGCAGAGACCGUUUCCUAUGACGAUUUAGUUGCUUGUGGCAGCGAGAUUGAAGCGAAGAACAAAGGGAAGCUACGCAGCGAGGGGAAAGACUACAUUGUCCAAGAAGGAGAUGUGAUCUUGUUUCGCUUCAACGUGUAA